UUUAUCAGGUCAUCCCAUGAUGCACUGCGCCUCAACGGCUUCAGUCAUUCAAGCAGCUCAGUCCUGGUGUUUGAGAGAGCGUCUGUUCUGUUAGGCCAUCUGGGUUCGGGUAACCUGUGUCCUGAACCGGACCGGUCCCUGAACGGGGGUCUAUACUCUCUCAUUUCGAGCUGAACUUCCCCCUCCAUGCUUCAGGAAUCACCGGCCGUUGACGGGAAGCGAGCGUUUGGGCGGCAGAAGCGGUGCUGUCAGCGAUAUAACAGCAGAAAGCGUUAAAUAUUCAAACAUAAACCAACCGGAAAGAGAACUGUGGGAAUUUAAUCAAACUUUAAAAGCAACUUGAUGGAUUUAGAGACCGGAAGAAACGAACUGGGAGCAAUGGGAGAGUCGCUACAGCCGCAGACCCCCAGUCGCCACGAGAAAAGUCUCGGACUGCUCACGACUAAAUUUGUGACUCUGCUGCAGGAAGCGAAGGACGGAGUGCUGGAUCUAAAAGCUGCUGCAGAUACUUUGGCUGUAAGGCAAAAACGGCGUAUCUAUGACAUCACCAAUGUUUUGGAAGGCAUUGGACUCAUCGAGAAGAAAUCCAAAAACAGCAUCCAGUGGAAGGGUGUUGGUCCGGGUUGCAACACACGUGAAAUUGCAGACAAGCUAAUUGAUCUCAAGUUGGAAUUGGAGGAUCUUGACAGGAGGGAACAUGAACUGGACCAGCAGAGAGUUUGGGUUCAGCAGAGCAUCAAAAACGUGACAGACGACUCGCUAAAUAGCCCUCUGGCGUAUGUAACACAUCAAGACCUCUGCAAUUGCUUCAAAGGUGACACUCUUCUAGCAAUAAGAGCUCCUUCAGGAACACAGCUGGAGGUUCCUCUGCCUGAAUCUCAUGUCAAUGGACAAAAGAAGUACCAGAUUCACCUGAAGAGCUCUGCAGGCCCCAUCGAGGUCCUGCUGGUGAAUAAGGACCCCUCUAGUUCUUCUCCUGUGGUGCUGCCCGUGCCCCCGCCUGACGACAUGCUUCAGAGCCUGUCCACCCCAGCUUCAACUACCUCUGCUGCUGCUGCACCCACCAAACCGGUAGCCAACAGUACGCCAUCCUCCACCUCCACCUGCCAGAGUCCCGCCGCCGCCGUCCCUCCCAACACAACCACUGCCUCUGCUGCUGGGGCAGCUACAGACAUUUCAAGGACCUCCACUUCAGAUACAACAGCCAAUCCGACAUCUUCAACAGACACGCAGCAGCUGCAGUCUUCUGCAUCACUGGACAGCAGCUCUUCACUUCCUGAUUCCUCAACCCUUUUUGAAUCAAUCAAAACAGACCCUUCAGAUCUGCUGGAUCUCCCCAAAGAACUUUCAGAAAUGUUUGACCCUAAAGAAAUUAUGAGUACAGAUUUGCUUGAGGAGCUGAUGUCAUCAGAAGUUUUCUCUCCGCUCCUCCGUCUAUCCCCUCCUCCGGGUGACCAUGACUACAUCUAUAACCUGGAUGAGACGGAGACCUGCCAGAGUCCCGCCGCCGCCGUCCCUCCCAACACAACCACUGCCUCUGCUGCUGGGGCAGCUACAGACAUUUCAAGGACCUCCACUUCAGAUACAACAGCCAAUCCGACAUCUUCAACAGACACGCAGCAGCUGCAGUCUUCUGCAUCACUGGACAGCAGCUCUUCACUUCCUGAUUCCUCAACCCUUUUUGAAUCAAUCAAAACAGACCCUUCAGAUCUGCUGGAUCUCCCCAAAGAACUUUCAGAAAUGUUUGACCCUAAAGAAAUUAUGAGUACAGAUUUGCUUGAGGAGCUGAUGUCAUCAGAAGUUUUCUCUCCGCUCCUCCGUCUAUCCCCUCCUCCGGGUGACCAUGACUACAUCUAUAACCUGGAUGAGACGGAGGGCCUUUGUGACCUCUUUGACGUUCCCAUUGCCAACCUUUGACCUCCAAACACACCAUACAAUGAGAGUAGUGUACUUAAAAGAACUUUUUUUUAUUUACCCUUUUGAAAGGAGAAAAAAAAGAAAGUGUGGCUCUGUGUCAGAUCCAUAUGUAUGAUAAGCUGAUUCUGUGUGUAUAUAAAGCUUUUUUUAUAUGUGUAUAUUUACUCCAAACCCAAAGCGGCUGAAUUUCCCUGCUAAAUUCAACUGAUCCAAUCUGAUGAAGACAUCAGACAUCCAUACAAACCAUUUUUGUUAAUUAGACCCAAACGAAUUGUUUUUAUACUACUUUUGUAUAGACGUCGAGGGAAUUUCAUGUUUAUCACAAAAUAGACUAAAUUCACCAGCAAUGGUUAAUGGUACCAUGAAAAUACCAGCUGGAUGUGUCUUUCUAAAUGGUCUUCCUCUUCUAAAGUAGCACCUUUUCUCUUAUACAGAUUGUUAAUGAAACGGUGUAUUUCUUGUGUGAUUAUUCUUUUGAAGAAAGCAUGCCUCUAAUGCAUACAUUUUGAGGCGAUUCUGCUUGUAGGCAGAAGUUUGUUCUCAUCUUGCAGCAAAUGACAGCUCUUGGAAACACCAUGCCGAAGUAAUUAAGUUACACUAGCAACUUAGUGGAGAAGAUUGCAUUGCAGAAUAACCUGUCCUGUGUGGGUUUGAUACAGUUUGGUGCUACAUGGCAAAAUCUAUUUAUAAGAGUGUCGAUCAUCAGAAAAAGUAAAUGAACAUACUUUGUGUUGAUGAACCAUUCCUAUUUUGUCUAUUUUUAAUCCUAUGUGUCUCACUCUCAAAAUUAUGGAAGCUAGUUUUCACCAUGGAAUAAAAAAAUGAGAAGGGUAAUUGCAACUCUUUUUCUCAGCAAUUCUGAGAAAACUGAAAUGGAGUCGCAGUUGCGAGAAAAAAAUCGGAAUCGUAGGAAAACGUUGCAAUUACCUUUUUAUUCAGUUUGAAACUAAAAAAAUUUGAGAUUUAAACUUGAGAGAAUUCAGAGAGAAAAGUCAGAAUUGCGAGAUAAAAACUUACAAGAACUAAUUGUGAGAAAUGAACUCAACUGCGAGG